AUGGCUUUCAAAAUUCUGGAUUCGCGUUGUCAGGACCCAGAAUAUGUUUUCGGCUCCAUGAAUAUUCUCUAUACAUGCGCCGAAGCCGGUGAAUUGCUCACUGGAAACCUAACCGAUACGGUUUACCAAUGUCUUUGCGACUACUGCGAGAAAUCUGAUCCGGAUUUGCUGGGAUGCCCUUACCAAGCAAUCAUAACUUUAUUUGGAUUUGACGUCGACUUAGAUCCAUAUCCAUACUUCUCUGACAACAGCCGCUAUUCCGAUAGUAUCAACAAACAGGAAAAUACCGACAUUGGAAGUCCUGGGAUAAGCGAGAACAAUGGUCUUCUUACGAUCGAUUAUAAUGGCAUCGAGAAGAACGGAUUGCAGAGCGAUAGAAUGGCUGAUCGUGCUGAGAAUAGAACGAAGAUAGUAUCUAGUAGGCCCGAUGUUGUGUCUGUUAUCCAAAAGAAGAUCCUAUAUUACCUUCCAGGGCUUGAUGGAAUUGUCCAGGGUAUUAAUUUAUGA